GUGCGUCCGGCGCGCCUGCGCCGUGGCGGCGGCGGCGGCGGUGUGUCCGUCAUGGCGGCGUCCAUCUCCGGCUACACCUUCAGCUCCGUGUGCUACUGCAGCGCCAACAGCAGCGCCGACCACGAAGGAUUUCUGCUGGGAGAGGUGAGACAAGAAGAGACUUCUAGCAUUAGUGAUUCACAGAUCAGCAACACUGAAUUUCUACAAGUGAUAGAAAUCCAUAACCAUGAGCCUUGUUCAAAACUCUUUAGCUUUUAUGACUAUGCAGGCAAAGUUAAUGAGGAGAGUUUGGACAGGAUUCUCAAAGACCGAAGAAAAAACGUUAUUGGCUGGUACAGAUUCAGGAGGAACACUCAGCAGCAGAUGUCAUACAGAGAGCACAUCAUUCAUAAACAGCUGACACACAUCCUCGGAGUGCCUGACCUCGUCUUCCUCCUCUUCAGCUUCAUUUCCACUGCAAAUAACUCAACACAUGCUUUAGAAUAUGUGCUUUUUAGACCAAACCGAAGGUAUAAUCAAAGGGUGUCACUUACUAUUCCUAACUUAGGCAACACUAGUCAACAGGAAUACAAAGCUUCUUCAGUGCCAAAUACUUCUCAGAAUUAUGCCAAAGUUAUUAAGGAACACGGUACUGAUUUUUUUGACAAAGAUGGAGUGAUGAAGGACAUCAGGGCUAUCUUUCAGGUUUAUAAUGCACUUCAGGAAAAAGUACAGGCAGUAUGUAUAGAUGUAGAAAAAAGUGAACGCGUUGUUGAAUCUUUUCAAGCUGAUGUAAACAAGUUAAAAAGGCAAAUUGCACAAAAGAAGAAUGAAAAAGAACAAGAAAUAAGAAUGCAGCAGGCCAUUUUAAGCAGGCAGAUGCCGGCAGACAGCAUGGAAUCCAUGUUUGUCCCCCGAAUGUCCUACACGGGCUUUGCUGUGGAGGGCUGCACGCUGGACGACUCGGACGUGUCGGAUCCUCCCCCGCCCUACUCGGAUUUCAGCACAGCCUCCCAAGACAGCUCCGGCGGCCCCGGGCUCCUGGAGAGCAGCGGGGUGUUCAUGCCCCGGCCUCAGGCCGUGGGUUCCUCGGGUUACGUCCCCACGAAUGCAGGAUUGAAGUACUCUGGCAAUGGGGCAUCCGUGCCGCCCUCCCAAAGAGCGCUGGCUGACAACGGUGACGAGUCAGAGGACAGCGAUUACGAGAACCUGCUUGAACCCACAGAGUCCUCUGACAGUGAAUACUCACAGAGCAGGGAGCCCCGACCUUCAGCACACCCCGACGGCGACUCCAGGAACACUCAAACUUCUCAGAUUUGACAGGGGGGAAAACAGAAAAACAAAAUCCACGUGACACUGUUUUUUCAUCAUUGUUACCGAGAGAUUUUGGGGAUUUAACCCGGAGGAAAUGAACUACACAGGAUGACUGUGCACACAAAAUGUAGAAGACUUGCACUAGAUGGUUUAUUCACCUUGUGAUACGUUUUGCAAGUUUUAUAAUGGAAUCAUUAGGAUAAUCAAGUUGUACUAAUACUGAUGAGGUUCAUGGAUGUACUGGUAAAUUUAGGCAAAAUGAAAUUUAUAGAGAUCUUGUAGCUUUUGUUGCCAUAUUUUCUUUAAGACAAUAAAUUGGGAUGUAGUAACUAAGCACAGUUAGUCUACAGAUAAUGUUCUCAAAUCAAAACUUACCUCUUGCACUAUCAUGCCUUGAAUUUUAAUUUUUGAAAGGGAAUAAUAAAUAUAUCAUCCGCCUUCAGAAUAGCUUUCUAUGGUAAGCCAAAUUGGCCUUUGCAAGCAAAGUGAUUUUGAUAAUUCUGAGGAGCCUGAUAGGAAAAGAUGUGGUCAAACUCCUCCUGUGGGCAUGCCCUCAUCAGAGGAGGGGUUUGGUUCGACCUUUUUUACAAAUAGAAUGUGUCUCACUUCAACUGAUGGUUGCCUUUUUUUCUGUAAAGGGUGUUGAGGGGGGUGGGAUGCCGGGUAAAUCAUCCAGAUGAAUGUCAUAAAUAGAAUUAUUCUGGUUUCACUGGGUUUACAAUGACUUUACGCCACACUAGCCUCAUUUAUUGUCUCAUGUGUUCUUUUAGCAUAAAUAUGAAGUGCACAUACAGGAGUAAAUGACCGACAGAAGUAGUAAAUCCCAUCAUGAUUGGACUUUGGAGUCUGCAAAUUACAAACAUCAGAGACUGCUACUUGCAUUUUAUUUGCAUCUGAGUAUUGGAUUUAUGCUUCUAGAUGAGUUAUUUUAUGUGAUAAAUAGGGGAUAGGGUAGGAGAAGAUUGUGUGGAGAGUCCCCUGGGUUUAUUACCUCUUUUCUCUGAGUGAGACAUGUAAAUGAUUAUUUUAAUUUGAAUUACAGCUCUUGUCAGAAAACUGCCGUUUGGGAUAAAUGAAGUGUGGUAUAUUAGAGAAUUUCAUGUUUGGAUGCACUUACUUUUAUUUAAAUACUGCUUGUAUGCUAACGUUGCCCAAAAUAUGUGAAAUUGUGCCACUAAGAAGUUUGUAUUAUUGGACUUUAUCCCUGAUAUGUAAAUGAGAAAAUACACAUUUUAAGAUGA